UAUCACACACCCUCCCUUUAAUCCUCCAUGGGUUCAUGUGACAUUCAAUUCACUCUGCAUUUUUCUCUUACAAACAGAGAGAGAGAGAGACUGAUGGAGUCAGUCUCAUAUGGGUCCUUCACUACAUGUCAUUAGCAGCUAAAUUAAGAAAAGAAAAACCCGGUUUUGGGUUUUUAACUGAUUAGACAGAGAGUUGUUAAAACAAUUGGGGUUCUUGAAAGACAGAGACUUUAUCGUGUGGGGGUGGUGUUUGAAGAGAUGGGCGUUGUUACCAUUGGAGAACUGAAACCAAGUGUUUCUGGUAAGAGACCUUUUCGUCCGAGUUCGAGUAUCCGGCACGCCACAGAAUGGCCGAUUUCCGACGUUUCUAGUGAUCUUACAAUUGAAGUUGGGGCAUCAAAAUUUGCACUACACAAAUUUCCUCUAGUUUCUCGAAGUGGAAGAUUUCGUAGACUCUUUCUGGAAUCGAAAGACUCGAAAGUUUCUCGAAUAAGUCUUGCAGCUGUGCCUGGUGGAUCGGAGGCAUUUGAGAUUGCUGCAAAGUUCUGCUAUGGAAUACACGUCGAGAUUACGCUAUCAAAUGUUGCUAUGGUACGCUGUGCAGCUCAUUUUCUUGAAAUGACAGAGGAUUUUGCAGAGAAAAACUUGGAGGCGAGAGCGGAAGAAUAUUUGAAGGAGACGGUACUCCCAAAUAUAUCAAAUUCAAUAUCUGUUCUUCACUAUUGUGAGACCCUAUUGCCUAUAUCAGAAGAGAUCAACCUAGUUAACAGUCUUAUCACUGCAAUUGCAAACAAUGUAUGCAAAGAGCAACUCACAUCUGGUUUAUUGAGAGUUGGCCAUAACUUUCCUGCAAAAACUUUGCCUAUUAUGGAACCAGAAACACCUUCAGAUUGGUGGGGGAAGUCCCUCGCAAUGCUGGGUCUCGAUUUCUUCCAACGAGUCCUCUCUGCGGUGAAAUCAAAGGGGCCAAAACAGGAUAUGAUUAGUAAAAUUCUGAUCAAUUAUGCCCACAAUUGUCUUCAAGGUCUUGUUGUUGGGGAUCCGCAAGUGGCUAAUGGGAGUGUUUUGGACAUGGAAUUGCAGAAGCAACAAAGGGUCAUUGUGGAAGCAAUAGUGAGCUUACUCCCAACACAAUCAAGGAAAAGUCCAGUUCCAAUGGCUUUUCUUUCAAGUUUACUAAAAACCGCGAUAGCAGCAUCAGUAUCUCCAUCUUGCAGAUCGGAUUUGGAGAGACGGAUUGGUCUUCAGUUGGAUCAGGCGAUUCUCGAAGACAUUCUAAUCCCAUCUAAUGCACAUGAAAACAACCCCAACGCCAUGUAUGACACAGAGUCAAUCUUGAGGAUUUUCUCCAUAUUCUUGAACCUGGAUGAGGAUGACGAUGAAGAUAAUUACAUGAAGGAUGAAAGUGAAAUGGUUUAUGACUUUGAUAGCCCAGGAUCUCCAAAGCAGAGUUCGAUUCUCAAGGUAUCAAAGUUACUGGACAAUUAUCUUGCAGAAGUAGCGCUGGACUCAAACUUGCUACCAUCAAAGUUCAUAGCACUUGCAGAACUACUUCCGGACCAUGCUCGUAUAGUGAGCGAUGGCUUGUACAAAGCAGUUGAUGUCUUCCUCAAAGUUCAUCCAAACAUCAAGGAUUCUGAACGAUACCGACUGUGCAAAGCAAUCGAUUGUCAAAAAUUGUCUCAAGAAGCUUGCAGCCAUGCAGCACAGAACGAAAGACUACCAGUACAAAUGGCCGUCGAAGUUCUAUACUUUGAGCAGAUUAGGCUUCGCAAUGCAAUGAACGGUGGACACAACCAAUUUUUCUUCGGCUCAAUCAAUAGUCAAUUCCCUCAACGUUCAGGCAGUGGUGCAGGGAGCGGAGCAAUCUCACCGAGAGACAACUACGCAUCAGUGAGAAGGGAAAACCGGGAGCUGAAGCUUGAAGUUGCAAGAAUGAGAAUGAGAAUGACGGACUUAGAGAAGGACCAUGUGUCGAUGAAACAUGAGCUAAUGAGGACUCAUCCUGCUAACAAGCUGUUCAAAUCAUUCACCAGAAAAUUGAGCAAAAUCAAUUCGCUUUUCCGGAUCAAUGGUUUUAAGCCUAUAGGGGGGAAGACCGGUUCAGAAAGUCGAUUCUUGUUUCAGAAGCGAAGGCGUCACUCAGUUUCUUGAUUGUAGAAAGGUGUGAGAACAAGUAAUUACAUGAGUGCAUAGUAUAUAUACACAAACACACACAUACACACAUAUUAUAGGGUGAUUGUAUCCAAUUAAUUGAUGUCAGUCAGUGUUGAUUCCAAGUUUUUAUGUGUGGAAUGACGAGAUCUCUGGAGUUUUUUUUGAUGGAAAA